CAAUGCUUUUUUUUAAACGCUCACUCACCACUCCAUAGUCCAUAGUCCUCUCUCUGUCCGUGCCCUUUACUCCUCCCCGCGCCCGUCAAACUUUUUAUAACAUUUUCAACUGCCAUGGAUGCGCAUUUCGACAGAAACUGAAUCAAGAAAAUCGAAGAAAAAAAAAUGUUCAGGCUACACAAACACAAGUCAGAUAAAUUUGGAGGCACACUUGACUUCAAGUUCUCCAGCUUCCAGGCUCUUCAGGUACCAAAAGGAUGGGACAGGCUUUUUGUGUACAUAAUUUCAGUAGAAACUGGAAAGACGCUGUCCAAAUCUGGGAAAGGGUCGGUGAGGAACGGAACUUGUCGAUGGACGGAGAGUUUGACGGAGUCCAUUCCGGUUUCGGAGAAAGAGAUUGAUGAUUGUCUCUUCAAGUUUGUUGUUUCCAUGGGAUCGUCAAGAUCGGGCAUCCUUGGAGAGGCUACGGUUAAUUUGGGGAGUUAUAGGAAUGCAGAAACUGCUGUUCCUGUUUCGUUGCCGUUGAAAAAGUGUAACCAUGGAACCAUUUUACUAGUUAGAAUUCAGUGCCUGACACCAAGAACAAAACCCAGGGAGGAGCAGUUUGAAGAGCCAGGUUCAUAUGCAGAGGAUGUGAUUGCUGUUGACUACAUUGACAUGGAAAACAAAUCUGAUGUUUCUGAUAGCUCAGUUGCCAGGAGUGUUGGAUCCUCAUCAAGUAACCAUUUGGAUAGUGCAUCUGGUACAGGAGAACAUAGUAGGGAAUUGAGUUUCUCAGCAUCAGGAUCACGCUAUAGCUUUGACUCAAUGGAGGGUUCAUUGGAUUAUUCCCUGCAAAAUAACUUAAUUGGCACCAGCAAUCUUGUUGGGAGACAAGAUUCAACUAGCUCCCAGAACAGUUCUUCUUACGGAUCUUAUUCUUUUAAUGAUUCUUCCAGAUCAAAUCACUCAUCCUUUAAUUCAGCUUCACGAAGCCAUCUUCAGAAUCAAAGAGAAAGUCUUAAUCAGGUUUCAAGAACUGUUGCCUCAUCACCAUUACGGAAUGCUGAUUCAUCUAAAGAUCUUCUGGAAGCUGCAGAAGCUACAAUUGAGGAGCUUCGAGCAGAAGCGAGGAUGUGGGAGCAAAAUGCUCGUAGAUUAAUGUUUGAUCUGGAAAAAAUGCGGAAGGAUUUAUCAGACCAAUCAAUGCACUGUGCAAGUCUUGAAAUGCAGCUUUCAGAAUCGCACAGAGAAUGUGAUGGCUCGAAGCAGAAGAUUGAACAAUUGAAGAUCCUGUUGGAGGAAUCCGUAGCAGAGCAAACAACCACUGAGAAGUUGAAGUUUCAGGCCAAAGAAAUGGAUGAUUUUCAGAAAGAAAUAGAAGAUGAAUUAAAGUUUCAGAAAGAAACGAAUGCUGACUUGGCUUUACAGCUAAAGAAAACCCAAGAGUCGAACAUUGAGCUUGUUACCAUACUUCAGGAACUGGAAGAUACCAUAGAAAUACAGAAAAUAGAAAUUUCAGAUCUGUCAAAAAUUCAAUCCAAAAGUCAAAAAGCAGGAAAGUAUCACCUUGAAGUCCAAAACAGUGAGGAGACCAAACGAAUGAAGAAAUCUUUUGCUAAGGAUACAAGAGAGGCCUCUUGUGAUUCGGGUAUGGAAGGCAGUACUGUUGAGCAGGAAAUGGAUGAUUUACCUGUAGGUUCUGAAUCAGAGGACAGCAGGAGCCUGGAGCUGGAGUUUCAGCAACUGCAAGAUUCACAAAAGAAUUUAGAAAGUACUAUCAAGCCUCCGGAAAGAUCUCUUGAGAACAAAAUCCAUGCAAUUGAGGUUGAGCAAAGUUUAAAAACUCAAACUCUAAUGGAUUGCGAAGCAGAAUGGAGAGAAAAAUUAGCUGCCAAGGAUGAAAAGAUCACCAAUUUGGAAGCAGAGUUAUUCAAAGCUCUUAAUCCUCUUCAAUUUCAAAAUGGACAUGAUCGCGAACUGAUUAAAGAAAUUGAAGUUCUGACACAGAAGAUGGAGGAACUUGAGAGAGAUUGCAGUGAGCUUACAGAAGAAAAUCUAGAACUUGUACUUAAGCUCAAAGAGUCAGAAAAGUAUGGUGCCUCGACUAGCCCUUCAUCAAAUGAAUGUUUGGGGAAUCAUUCUCUCUUCACCUCUGAAUCCGAGGUUAGAAAAUUGAGAUCCCAAAUAUGCAAGCUUGAAGAAGAGAUGCGUAAGAAGGAAAUAAUUAGCCAACAACUUUCCACUGAUUGUUCGCAGAUUCAAUAUGCAGAUCUUGGAAAAAGGUGUGCUGAACUGGAGCUUCAGCUGCAAGCUUCCAAGGACAAAACACUCUACUUUGAUUCUGAACUCAGUAAAUAUCAUGCAAGAGCAGAGCGACAGGAAAUCGAGAUUGCUACACUACAAGAACAGUUAGAACAUUAUGAAGGAAUGGAAACUGGGGUCAAUGUCCAUCCUGCAGACAUCUGUUCAGACAUCAAGCUUUCCGAAUCACAAGCUACUGCUGAAAUGGCUAAAACAUUAUCUGAGUUGCAGGAGCACAUCCAAUCAUGUUUAGCCAAUGUGAAGAAGCAACAAUGUGAUCCAUGUUUUCCGAUAAAUGGAGAAUGUAGUACUGCUUUUGAUAAACCUGUCAUUUCAAAUGAUACAGAUUUGUUUAAUCAAAACGAGAGAGCAAAGUCUAUUCUAAACAGUUUUGUCCAGCUAAAAGAUUUGUUUGAAGCAAAAUCUGCUUUGUUCAAAAAUGAAGUUCACCAAAGCAAAGAGGUAAGAGCAAAAGUGGCGAAUCCUGAUGAGCUCCGGAACAAUUUGGAGGCUUAUGACUCAGGGGAAAAUACCUUCAGCACUUGUGGUCCACAACCAGAAAGCAUGCAAAUGGAAUCUACACUUGAGAUGACAGAUUUAGAAAAGGAGCUUUUGGAAAAGAUAUCUGGCAUGGAUAAGCUUAAUUCUUUGAAUGAACAAGAGAUAGAUGCUCUAAGGCAUUCCCAAACGGAGCUAGAAACACAGAUUUCUAAUCUUCAGAACGAGAGAUGGCAGUUGGAGCAAAAUCUUGAAGUUACACUAAGAGAAAGCAUGGUGACCUCUACAUGCUUGGAUGAUUUACGGAAGGAAAUGACGAAGCUUAGUAGUAACAGGGAUUCACAAGCUUCGGCCAAGGAGAUCCUAGAAAGGAAGUUGUCAGAGCUGGAAAGUGGCAAAUUGGAGAUGGAAGUUCACUUGUCUGAACUAGAAAAAGAAAAUGUACAGUUAUCAGAGCGAAUAUGUGGCUUGGAAGCACAAUUAAGAUAUUUGACCAACGAUAGGGAAUCAACCAGCGAGGAAUUGCAUAACUCGGAAUCUAGUAAUAUGAGUCUCCGGGAAGAGAUAAGAAGACUGGAAAGUGAAUUGGAGGUACAAAAGGUUGAUGCGAGGCAAAAGAUGCAGGACAUGCAAAAGCGGUGGUUAGAAGCUCAAGAAGAGUGCGGGUAUCUGAAAGUAGCAAAUCCAAAGUUACAAACUACAGCUGAAAGUCUUAUUGAAGAAUGCAGUGUGCUUCAGAAAUCAAAUGCAGAACUGAGGACGCAAAAGAUGCAGUUACAUGAGCAUUGUACAAUUCUGGAAGCUGAGUUAAGGGAUUCCGAAAAGUGUUUUUCUAAUAUGUCGAAGGAAGUAGAAGCUCUUGAAGGAAAGUAUAUAUUGCUGCAGCAAGAAAUUGCCUCAAAAGAGCAAGCACUUGGUAUAGAACUAGAUUCACUUCUUCAAGAAAACAAGAAAUAUAAAGAGAAACUUGCUAUGGAGGAGAAUUUUCUGAACCAGAUGCACUUGGAGAAGACAGUUGAAGUUGAGAAUCUUCAAAGAGAGGUUGCACAUCUGACUGAACAGAUAUCUGCAACUCAUGGAGAAAAGGAAAGGACAGCUUCAGAAGCUGUGAUUGAAGUGUCUCAUCUGCGUUCAGGUAGAGCUAUGCUGGAAGCUUCUCUGCAAGAAUUACAAGGAAAACUCGAAUUAUCUGAGAGUAACCUCUGUACCCUCCAGAUGGAAUCAGAGAUUAAAGUGCUUGGACUUAUGCAAGAACUUGCUGUUUCCAAACAAAAUCAGGAAGUUCUGAUGGCUGAUCAUGAAAAGCUGCUUGAAUUGUUAGAAGAUGUCAAAUCCAAUGAAGAGAAACAUAAAAGCAGUGUUAAGGGGCUGGAAAUAAAACUUAAAGCUUCUGAAUAUGCGAGGCAACAAGUUGCAGAGGAAACCUCCAGCCUUAAGAUCCAAUUGCAGAAAACAUCGCUUCUUCAAGACGAGAUUCUGGAUCUUAAAAGAUCGCUUAAUGAGGUCAAAUUUGAGAAUCAAAAGCUUGAAGCUUCAUUGCAGAUGUUAUCAGGGGAUUACAAGGAACUGAAGACCGAGAAAAUCCUGUCUAUGCAGAAGAUUUCUGACAUGCAGAGGGCUGUGUCUGAAUUAGAAGACUGCAAAAGGAGUAAAGUUGCCCUGGAGGAGAAGCUUUUGCGACUGGAUGGGGAUUUAACUGCAAGAGAAGCAAUAGGUGCUCAGGAUGCUGAGCUGAAAAAUGAGCUUGCUCGGGCUAAGAGAGCAAAUAGUGAAUUCCAGAGGAAGAUAAGAUACCUCGAAGAGGAGAAGCAGGAGUGCCUGAAGAAAGCUCAAGCUCUUGGAGAGGAACUUGAACAGAGGAAAGCGUCAAAACAGGAUCAACAUAGUUUCAGUGAUGCAAGCCUCCCCUCUGGUCCUGAAUCCAGUGACAUGAAUUCUUCUACUCCUGAUGAAUUAAAUGUCUCACAGGUCGGUACGAAAUCGAAUUUUAAUACUGGAAAUGCUCCUGGUAUAGGAUUGGAAUCUUUGUCAAAGAUCCAACUACUCGAGAAUGAACUAGCUGAGGCUUUGGAGGCAAAUGAUAUGUACAAAGCCCAGCUUAAGAGCUUGUUAACCGAGGAGUACAAGGAUCCGUUAAAUGCUCCCAAGAAGUUGUUGGAUGAAGAAGUAGUAGUAAAAGGAGAUGGAUAUGAGGGCAAGAUAUCAUCACUCCAGACAGAGCUAAAAGAUUUACAGGAGCGCUACUUCGACAUGAGCCUCAAAUAUGCAGAAGUUGAAGCUGAACGUGCGAAACUUGUACUAAAGCUGAAGCCUGUCAAUAAUGGACGAAGGUGGUUUUCAUGAUUCCAGAGGACAUUCCCGUGGUUUCUAAAAUUCAACCUUUUCCAUUCCUGGCCGGAGCAUCCCUUGCCGGAGCUCCAUUCUUUUCACUAAUUCUAUUUAUUGUAGAUCCCAUUGCUACAAAUCCUAUUUAAUAGAACAUCAUAACUUCUCCAUA